UAAUACACAUGAUCUAAAAAGUGUUAUAAUAAAAUAUGGAUAGGGUAUUACCGUGAAGAAUUCACUUGUUUACAGUAGUUGCCUGAUAAUCCAAAAACGACGUCAUUUAUUGUUCCCCGAAUCUCUCGCGCAGCCUGCCUCGCCAACGAAACCAAAUUAUCUCCCAUUAUUAAUGCACAAACUGACACGCUACUUAACUUUCUAUACCAAACCGAACAAUCCCCCAUGGGUCUCUCCGGAAAACCCGAACCCGACUCGGAAUCAUCUCUUCUGCUCCAAAAUUCAACUCUCUCCACUCAAAAACCACCACCUAAAGACACGUUUCAUUUGGGAUACAUAAUCUACUUCGUUUUAGGCAUAGGCUACUUGCUCCCAUGGAACGCCUUCAUCACUGCCGUCGAUUACUUCUCCUACCUCUAUCCAGAAGCCUCCGUCGACCGCGUCUUCGCCGUCACUUACAUGCUCGUCGGACUCUUCUGCCUUCUCAUAAUCAUUUUCUACGCCCAUAAAUCGGACGCUUAUGUCAGAAUCAAUGUGGGUCUGGGCCUGUUUGUGGUGUCUUUGCUUGUAGUGCCGGUCAUGGAUGCUGUUUAUAUAAAGGGUCGGGUCGGGUUGAAGGACGGGUUUUAUGUCACAGUCGGGGCAGUCGCGCUUUCGGGUCUGGCGGAUGCCUUGGUGCAAGGUGGGUUGAUCGGAUCUGCUGGGGAGUUGCCUGAGAGAUACAUGCAAGCGGUUGUUGCUGGCACAGCUGGUUCUGGGGUGCUUGUUUCAGUUCUACGGCUUGUAACAAAAGCUUUAUAUUCACAAGAUGAAAGUGGUCUGAGAAAAAGUGCAAACCUCUACUUUUCUGUUGGGAUAGUGGUUAUGGCUGUAUGCACUGUCUUUUACAAUGUUGCACAUAAACUUCCAGUUAUUAAGUACCAUCAAGACCUCAAGAUUCAGGCUGUAAAUGAGGAGAUAGAGGCGAAAGGUUCUUUGACUGGGCCUGUUUGGAGAUCAACCGUGUGGCACAUUGUCAGGAGAAUCAAGUGGUAUGGGUUUGGAAUCAUCCUCAUCUACAUUGUAACACUGUCCAUAUUUCCAGGAUAUAUAACAGAGGAUGUACACUCUGCUCUUCUUAAGGACUGGUAUGGUAUCGUCCUGAUUACUGGCUACAAUGUGUUUGACUUGGUUGGUAAAUCAUUGACCGCAGUGUAUCUCCUCGAGAAUGAAAAGGUUGCAAUUGGUGGUUGUGUUGCAAGAUUGUUAUUUUUCCCUCUAUUCUUGGGGUGCUUGCAUGGUCCCAAAUUUUUCCGGACAGAAAUUCCAGUGACAAUAUUGACUUGUCUUUUGGGGCUAACCAAUGGCUACUUAACAAGUGUAUUGAUGAUUUUGGCUCCUAAAGUUGUUCAAUUACAACAUGCAGAGACGGCGGGAAUAGUGAUUGUGUUGUUCUUGGUUGUCGGUCUAGCUGCUGGAUCAAUCGUGGCUUGGUUUUGGGUCAUCUGAUGUUUUAAGCAAUUUGUUGUGACAUCCCAGAACUGCAGCAAUUG